AUGGCCGCCGUUCAACUCAAGUUUUCUCUGCGCACCUCGUCCAACGUCAGGACCGUCCACCUUGUCGGCUCUUGGGACAACUACUCUCGUCAACUGCCUCUGUCCGCCGAGGACAAACCAGGUGCAUGGAUGGGCAAGUUCCGCUUCCAAUCCUCCAUGCUUCAACUCGGUAGCCGCUACUGGUACUACUAUAUCAUGGAUGGCCACCACGUCUCGCACGAUCCCGCCGUCGAGUACACCGUCGAGCCCACCACCGGCCGCAAGCUUAACAUCCUCGAUGUCCCCGGUGGCAAGUCCAGCCGUCGCAGUGAGGCCCCCAAGGCUCACCGUGCCUCAACCAAUGUCGCUACUGGCCGCGCUCUCUCGCCCUCCAGAAUCCAGCACCCCAAGCCCUCCAAGCCCUACGCUUCCCGUCAACUUCGCGAGGCCGAGUACGCUCCCACCGUCGACGACCUCACCCGUCGCUUCGCGGGCUCCCGCUUGUCCGAUGAGUACUCUUACUCCAACAGCCCACCCAGCUCCGCCGCGAUCCCCCCCGUGCAGUGCCGCUGUGAACGUUACGGCAUCACUCGUAAGGGUGACCGUGUCAAGCUGGACUGCGGUGGUAGCCGCUGUGGCUACAUCUCCGAGUCCUCCGAGGCCAGCUGCUCCGAAUCCGAGGACAGUGAUGAGGAGUACCGCCGUGCUCGCCGUGGUGUCCGUCGCCAGGGCAUCGUCGUCCGCCGCUAG